AGAUUCCCCAUACGAUUCAGCGAAAGAGCAAAACUGAUGGACCUAUAAAUACACAACAAACUUCAGCUUCCGUCUCCUCUUCCCAUUUCUUCCUCAAGUUGCUGGACAUAAUCAAAUGGAAGCUCAAGCUGCAGCGCCUGUUUAUUCUAACGGUAACGGAAAGACGAAGGCGGUACCGGAGGAGGAGAUCUUAACUGAGGAACUUGAUCUGACGGCCGUUGUUCAAGCGGAGCCUCUGCCACCGGUUGUUACGGUGGGAAAUGGAGUGAAGAGAGAGAUUGUGUUGGGGAGAAAUGUGCAUACCUCGUGUUUGGAGGUAACGGAGCCAGAUGCUAACGAUGAGUUCACCGGCGAUAAAGAUGCUUAUAUGGCUGGUGUUUUGGCUCGGUAUAGAAAGACGUUAAUGGAACGCACCAAGCAUCAUUUAGGUUAUCCAUAUAACUUGGAUUUUGACUAUGGUGCUUUGGGACAGUUGCAACAUUUUUCCAUUAACAAUCUUGGCGAUCCAUUUAUUGAGAGCAACUAUGGUGUCCAUUCAAGACAGUUUGAAGUUGGUGUUUUGGAUUGGUUUGCUCGUUUAUGGGAGAUAGAGCGAAAUGAGUACUGGGGUUAUAUUACUAACUGUGGUACAGAAGGAAAUCUUCAUGGGAUUCUAGUUGGGAGGGAAGUGUUUCCAGAUGGGAUCCUGUAUGCAUCACGAGAAUCUCAUUAUUCUGUCUUCAAAGCAGCUCGUAUGUAUAGAAUGGAAUCUGUGAAGAUUGACUGUCUAAUCUCCGGUGAAAUUGACUGUGCUGAUUUUAAAGCUAAACUACUCGCUAAUAAGGACAAACCAGCAAUCCUCAAUGUUAAUAUAGGCACAACUGUCAAAGGAGCUGUUGAUGACCUUGAUCUUGUAAUACAAACCCUCCAAGACUGUGGAUUUACAAAAGAUCGUUUCUACAUUCACUGCGAUGGAGCUUUGUUUGGACUUAUGAUGCCUUUUGUCAAACUUGCACCAAAGGUUUCUUUCAAAAAGCCCAUAGGAAGUGUCAGUGUAUCAGGCCAUAAGUUUGUUGGUUGUCCAAUGCCAUGCGGUGUACAACUAACAAGGCUGGAACACAUUAAUGCUCUGUCAAGGAACGUCGAGUAUCUUGCUUCAAGGGACGCCACAAUCAUGGGCAGUCGCAACGGCCAUGCUCCUAUCUUUCUUUGGUACACUCUCAACAGAAAAGGUUAUAAAGGAUUCCAGAAAGAGGUACAGAGAUGUCUCAGAAAUGCUCAUUACUUGAAGGAUCGACUACGUGAUGCUGGAAUUAGUGCUAUGUUGAAUGAGCUCAGCAGCACAGUUGUAUUUGAGCGGCCAAAAGAUGAGGAGUUUGUUCGCAGAUGGCAACUAGCUUGUCAAGGGAAUAUUGCACAUGUAGUGGUCAUGCCCAAUGUUACCGUAGAGAAGUUGGAUGAUUUCUUGAAUGAAUUAGUUGAGAAGCGCUCAACUUGGUAUCGAGAUGGGCAAGUUCAGCCUUCUUGUAUCGCAUCAGAUGUGGGCAUUGAGAAUUGUGUUUGUUCCCUCCACAAGUGAAGUAAUCAUAGUGAGAUUUAUUCCCAUUGUUGUAUUGUAGCUGUCAUUGUUGUAGCCGUCCUUUUUAUCUUGUAACAGAAAACUUUUGGUUAUUUAUUAUUCAAUAUUCAAUUCCAAGGCUUUCUGGGAUGUUAA